AAAUUAGAGAACGAAAUUGAGUUGUUUCAUUCUCUAUUUGCGUGUGGCUUUGGUGUGUGUGGCGUACUACGGUGAUUAUUGUAACAGGAAAUGAAACACUCAAAAUUCUCAAAACAAACCGAAACAAGCAAUGAGAGCAUAAUCAAAGAGUAAUUAACGUCGUUCAGGUAUUGGAAGCGUAUUUAGGACUCAACUCAUCUUCCACUGAUUGCAAAUAAGUUACGCUUGUUUUGUUUUCUCCGUCGUUCAUUCAAACUCAAUAAUCAAACCAAAGAAGGAAGGGAAGUUGAAGAGAAAUGUCAAUCAUGUUGUUUGGUUCAGAAGACAAGGAGAGAUAUUUUUGAAUUAAUUUAUUACGGUUGGUGUUUUAGCUGAAGAUGUCUCUGCGGAUAAAAGCUGUAGUGGAUAAAUUCGUUGAGGAGUUGAAGGAAGCAUUGGAUGCUGAUAUUCAGGAUAGGAUCAUGAAGGACAGAGAGAUGCAAAGUUACAUCCAAGAACGUGAGCGUGAGGUUGCUGAGCGUGAAGCUGCUUGGAAGGCUGAUCUUUCUCGUCGUGAGGCAGAGAUUGUUCGACAAGAAGCAAGGUUGAAGAUGGAGAGAGAUAAUCUUGAGAAAGAGAAAAGUGUCUUAAUGGGGACUGCAUCAAAUCAAGAUAACCAAGAUGGAGCUCUUGAAAUUACAGUUAGUGGUGAAAAAUACCGUUGCCUCAGAUUUCAAAAGAAAAAGUAAGACUUUGCCGGGAUGACAAAAUGGAAAAGUACUUUCUUCACUCCUCCCUUCCCCAAAAGAGGAAUGUUCCUGCCGAGGAAUCGCUUUGAAAUGCCUAACUCAACUAAUGUACCUCUAGGAACAUGAAUCGAAAUUUAAUUGUUUAGUUUUGGUUUAUUAUUCAUGUCAGAUUUGACAAAAGUGUUAAUACUUUCUCAGUUAAAUUCUUCUACGAUUUUUUCUGUGACGAUGUUAGUGACUUUGUUUA